AUGGUAGUUACAGGCUUCAUCCACCAUAAGCCAUCAUUAAACAAGCUCAUUGCCCAUGUCCUCUCAAUGGGCUCGCUUGGAGUUGGCUAUGCUUAUUCAGUUUUUGCUCACACUAGAGAGUUAGAUGUACUUACUUGGAAUUCCAUGUUGAGAGCCUUUGUGAAUUCCAAUAUGCCGAGAAGGGCGCUCCAAAGUUAUACUGAGAUGCUCGAACGGUCGAGGAAUGUUCCUGAUAGAUUCACAUUUCCUUCUCUGCUAAAGGGUUGUGCACUUUUAUUGGAAUUCAAAGUUGGGAAGGUUCUACACGGGCAAGUUGUCAAGUAUAUGCUUCAUUCGGACCUGUACAUAGAAACCACAUUGUUAAAUAUGUACGCAGCCUGUGGAGAUUUAAAAUCUGCGAGGUUCCUGUUUGAGAGAAUGGGUCAUAGAAAUAAAGUGGUGUGGACUUCGAUGAUUAGUGGUUAUAUGAAAAACCAUUGUCCUAAUGAGGCUUUGCUAUUGUAUAAGAAGAUGGAGGAAGAUGGGUUUAGCCCUGAUGAAGUUACCAUGGCGACCCUUGUAUCAGCUUGUGCUGAAUUAAAAGAUUUGGGCGUUGGAAUGAAGCUGCAUUCUCAUAUUCGGGAGAUGGAUAUGAAGAUUUGUGCUGUUCUAGGAAGUGCUUUGGUUAACAUGUAUGCUAAAUGUGGGGAUCUAAAAACUGCAAGGCAAGUGUUUGACAAAUUGUCUGAUAAAGACGUAUAUGCUUGGUCAGCUUUGAUUUUCGGUUAUGUCAAGAACAAUAGAAGCACAGAGGCGUUACAGUUAUUUAGAGAAGUGGCUGGCGGCUCAAACAUGCGUCCCAAUGAAGUCACAAUUCUAGCCGUCAUUUCGGCCUGUGCUCAACUGGGUGACUUAGAAACAGGGAGAUGGGUUCAUGACUACAUUACCAGGACUCAGAAGGGUCAUUCUGUUAGUUUGAACAACUCGUUGAUUGACAUGUUUUCAAAGUGUGGAGACAUAGAUGCUGCUAAAAGAAUCUUUGAUAGCAUGUCGUAUAAAGAUUUGAUCUCUUGGAAUUCUAUGGUGAAUGGUUUUGCUCUACACGGCCUUGGCAGGGAGGCUCUUGCUCAGUUCCGUCUAAUGCAGACGACAGACUUACAGCCAGAUGAAAUAACUUUCAUUGGGAUCUUUUAUGUAGAGCAGGACUUCUGGCAGAAGCUCGGGAAUUUAUCCGAGUAA